UGGUGACGAUAGGGUGAGAGAUGAGGAAGUAGAGCAGUGUGAGCAGCUCGAGCUGUUUGAGGUGUUUCUGCAGGUGAGGCUGGAUUAAUCUUCUCUGGUUGGGUUUGGGCUGAUUCUGAUCUUCAGCAUGUCCUCCAGAAACCCGGGGAUGGAUCUGGACCUCGAGUGGGUGUCAAAGGUCAGAGUUAAUACCCAGGCUGUGCUGAAAAGGGCACAACAAGUUCAGGGAUGUAAAGUGGCCAAGAAACAGUGGCAGGCAGCCUGGCUCCUGAAGGCCGUAACGUGUAUCGACCUUACGACCCUCGCUGGAGACGACACGCCAUCCAAUGUUCACCGGCUCUGUAUGAAGGCCGUACAGCCAGUCCGCCAAGACCUGCUGAAAAGCAUGGACAUGCACGAUAAAGGUAUUUCAACAGCUGCAGUGUGCGUCUACCCGUCUCGCGUGGCUGAUGCUGUAAAGUCUUUGAAAGCGGCUAACUCCAGCCUACCUGUAGCCUCAGUGGCUACCGGAUUCCCUGCCGGUCAGACUCCAUUAAAGACUCGUCUGGAGGAGGUCCGCAUGGCUGUACAGGAUGGAGCCACUGAAAUCGACAUUGUUAUUAAUCGCACGUUGGCUCUUACUGGGCAGUGGGCAGCCAUGUAUGAUGAGAUCCGUCAGUUUCGGGAGGCAUGCGGCGAUGCCCACAUGAAGACUAUCCUGGCAAUAGGAGAGCUGGGCACCUUCACCAAUGUCUACAAGGCCAGUCUGGUGUCCAUGAUGGCAGGAUCUGACUUCAUCAAAACCUCAACUGGCAAAGAAUCCGUCAACGCCACCUACCCUGUUGCGAUAGUAAUGGUGCGGGCAAUCCGCGACUACUACCUGAGGACAGGCCACAAGGUGGGCUUUAAACCAGCGGGGGGGAUUCGGACAGCGCAGGAGUCCAUAGUGUGGCUGGCCCUGAUGAAGGAAGAGCUUGGCCAUGAGUGGCUGACUCCUCACCUGUUCCGGCUGGGAGCCAGCAGCCUGCUCGCCGACAUCGAACGGCAGAUUUACCAUUAUGUGACUGGACGCUAUGCAGCUUAUCACGAGCUCCCGAUGGCCUGAUUACACAAGAUUCUGCUCAUGUGACCCACUGAGAUCCAUGAGUUGUUGAAAUCAGCCAAUCACACAACAGAGAAAAUCUUCACUUGAAAAGAGGUAUUUACUGUAUCUGAAAUUGUGACCAACCUAAUGAAGACUGAAUGAUGGCUGCCUGCGUGGAUCACUACCUCUACACUCUGUGCCUUGAUUUUGAAAUCAAGUGUUCAAUUGUUCACCAGUUUAAUCUAAAUGCAAAGUAAUAUAAGUUGUUUUAAUGAAGUAAAUGUUUUUUUUUCUCUGUUUUAAGGACAAGAAAGUAUAUAUGUAUGUAUUGUACUGAUGUCUGUACUGUUGUGUCUAAUCUGACAAUAGUUCUAGAAUGUGUUGAUAGAAAUAAUAUAGAAUUGUAUUCUAUUGAGUUCUAUUAAAUAGAAACAUUUCCCACCCA